AUGUGGUUCUGAGCUGUGUCGAACAGCUGUAAUCCUGUAAUGUGUGAUGAGUAUAAAUAAUAACAGUUUGUAAUCAAUUAAAUUUUCAAGAAAUCAUUAAUUGAAAUUUUUCUGUGUAAAAAAUAUUUGUUUCGUGAACUGAAUCUACCGAUAAAAAUUUAUCAAAUUAAUAUUAUUUUAGGUUUAAUCAGGUAGGCUGUGUCAAUGGCAACUCAAUUUCUGAAAUCUGAAUCCAGCUUGAUUGGUUCAUCGGGUGAUCGGGUCGGAAAUCGUCGUCUUAAUUUCCCUUUUUGAGUUGUUAAAACUUGUGUUCUCUAAAACUAAGAUUCAACAUGUCUAGUGCUCCACACAUGAAAGGUGGCCAGGAAAUGGUCUAUCCAUACACCUACGUUGCUAAGCUCAGGGCAUAUCCAUGGAAGUUCCUUUUUAACAACAGUUGGGUGUACAGGCAUCACUUGCUUGGAUUUAUCAUUUCUAUGCCCCUCUUUUACAAAGUUGGAAAGAUGGUUAACACUCCCGAAAACAAGAAGAAGUGGAAGGAAAUUCGUGAUAGAGAAUGGUACGGUCAUGGCCAUUAGGUUGAGAACACAAUAGUGCAAAACUAGUUAUAUAUAUUCAAUAUCCUUCUUAAAUAGAAUGCGGAAUUCUGAAGUUGUAUUCAACAUUGUUAUCCCUACCAAGAAUUUGUGAAAUUUCUGUGUUUAAAUAUAGUCAAUGAUGAAUUAUUGUUUACAUUAUA